AUGAUGGGCAGUGCAAAGAUCUGUCAUUGUUUUCGGCGCUUGUUGGAAAAUGAUCAUGAACUCAACGCCUACCAAAGCUUGCGUGAAGAAGCAGCUGAAGCAUUCCAACCUGAAGCAGAUUGGACGGACCCAGGCGCGUUGCAAAAGCUGGUUCGCAUAAAUAGUACUAUCCGUGAGAGCCUGCGCCAUAGUCCGCUGGCAGUUCGGGGGGUACUGAGAGAGGUAAUGCCGAAAGACGGUCUUACGUUGCCGGACAGCAAGAAUUUUGCUCGUGGCACUUGGAGUGGUGUACCUGUGCAAGCUUUGCAGGUGGAUGAUAGAUUUUACGAGAGACCGGAGGAGUAUGAUCCUUUUCGGUUUGCGAAGACGGCAGGGGACACGGAGAGGCUGGAAGCCAUUCAAAUUAGUGGUAUCUUUUUGUCGUUUAGCUAUGGUCGUACUGCCUGGUUGGUGAUCCUGUUAUUCCCUGUUCUGAUCCUUGUGGCCAGCGCUGCCGUUGAGUAG